AGAUAUGAUUGCUCUGCCUUCACGCACCGAAGGGUUUGGGUUGGUUGCGCUGGAAGCUAUUUCUGCUGGUAUACCUGUUAUUGUUGCAGGUGAAUCUGGAAUAGCUGAAGCUUUACAUGAAGUAGAUGGUGGGCAAUCUUUCAUUGUUGAAUCAGAUGAUCCUGAAGUGUGGGCUCGAAGGAUCCAACAACUGUCCAGCCAAAGUCCAGAAGAGAGAGAAAACAGUGCCAAGCUGCUCAGAGACAACUACAAUAAAGCUUACCCUUGGAGCAGUGAAUGUGAGAGAUUCAAAAGGAUGAUCCAAGAUUUAGUGGAAAGCUUAAAUGCUUCAGUCAAUUUAAGGAUUGAUGUGUAUGCCACGAAACCUGCAGAACACAACACACAGGAUAGAACUCCUGUUUCAACAACAGAAUCAGUAGUAUCUAAUGAUGGUGAGCAUAAGGAGACAUCUGCAGUACCUGUGCCAUCAGAAUAUACAUGUAUGCAAGCAGAAAAUGAAGCUCUCCAAGCAUCUACGGAAAAAGUAUUGGGUUUGAUUGCUCACAGGUACCUGAAGGCUACACCACUGAGCAACGAGGAUGACUUAAAUAGCUUUUUGGCAUACAUGAAAGAAAUGCGACUCAUUAUUACUGGUGUUAGUAUUGGAAGUUUGCUGAUAACAGUGAAGUGUGAUUCACUCCAGAUCCUGGAGAGCUUGUGGGUGGAUUAUUUGUCUGGUCAUCUUGGUGAAGUGGUUCAAAGAUGUUUUGUUACGGAAGAGAUCUUGACAGAAUUGAGCCUUGAAGAGUUGCAGCUUAAAACAACAAUCUCAGAAGAGGAGUAUAAAGCAUGCAAAAUGUUCCUUGGGAAAGAUUCAGCCAAAGAAGCAGAUGAAACAGAUGAUGAUGAUUCAGCAUCAGAUGAUGAAGAUCAAUGUGGAAAUGUCACUGUGUCUGUGGAACAACCAAUCCAUGUGCUUUUCCCUGAUGAAGAGAAAGUAUCUCAACGGGACGAAGAAGGUGAUUUACAAACAGAAACAGUGGAGGGAAAACUGAAAACUAGAACUGAUGAGGGUUCUUCAUUUUCAAAGGAUGAAGAUCAAUUUGGAACUGAAGGUGUACCGAUAGAAGUAGCUGUGGAUAAUCUAACCCAUUCACUUGAAAAAGUGGUUUUUGAAGGAAACGAUAAUAUCAGUUCUGAUUCAGGUAUUUGGAUAUGUGUUAAUGAAUUAUACAUGUGAUACUGUGAACUGUUUUAGCUUUACUGCUAUUUUUUUCAAACUCAUCAGUCGUGUAAGUGUGUUGGAAAACAUACUUCAUAAACUACAUGUACCUGUAUUUACAGACUUCUUCAGUACUGUUUAGUUUUUGUGUGUAAACAGAAAUCCUGAGAGUUGGUUUGAAGAAAAGACAAAACAAAUAAUGCCAUGUUUUGUGCAGGCUGAUACCCCCUGUAAAUACAAGCUAAUGCUCGAACUAAUACAUACAUUGUAUGACGGUUACUGGUAUAUUUAAAUGUAAUGCUCGUGCUAGUUGUAAGAUGAAAAAAUGGUUAUACUGCGAAUACUUAACACGUAAUGAAUUCAUAAUGCAGAGGUAUAUAAAGAACACUCACGUUUUGUCAGGGAUUUUGUGAGUAGACUUGUCGUUUACAAGUAAGUUUAACUUUAAGAGCCGGUUGAUUAAACGUUGGCAGUUGAACUGUUGGAGUGAAAGUUGUCGUCCGCGCUCGUUACAGUAUUCCAUGAAGGAAUUUUUUCAAUAUACUGUAGCCUUUAAAAUCAAGGAUAACUUUUGUUACUGUUGUUACUUCCGAUAUAUUAUCUCUAUUUUCACGUUAUUGAAAUAGUUCAUUUUACUACCAGUUUUCCUCCAAACUAUUCGUAAAUUAUGCUUAAAAAUCACUCAUCGUACUUUCAUAAUGCUCACUUUUGCAAGAAGUCAAAUAAGGGGUGUGAUACUGCAAAUGUUUCCAGCAUAAUCUAUCCGUCUUGGUCAAAGACGACAGCCAGGGCUUGAAGCAUACGUAUAUACCUCUAGAUGCAGAAUCUGAUGCACUAAACAUUAGGCCACUUCAUGAAAGGUCGGCAUUUGCGUACUUGUAGUCUUAUGCUUAGUUUUAUUCCAUUCAGUUGGAGUGAUGUUUUUAAAUGUCAGUAUCUGGGAGUUGAAUUGUUACAAGUGAGAAGGUAGAAAAGUCGUUGUAAAUUUUAAGUGGGAAAUUUAUGGCAGAAUACUAUUUACUUUCUUAAUUUAGCCUCUAAUAAUAAUUAUUUAUUUAGCUCUUAGUCCCUGUGGGACAUCACACAACAGCAAUCUCUCAAUUUAGCCCUAUUUUGUGCAGCAUGUUGUUCCUUGUCCUCUAUGAGACAGAGUUUUAAUUCGACGAGCUCGACACUGUUUACACAUGUCAAGUGAACUUGUACAUGUAGUGUCAAUAUGUUUUGCUUUUUAAAUACAUAACAACAUCAAUAACUGAGUCCCGCAGGGUUGUCAGUCGGUUUUUGAGUAGCAGGCUCAUUCCAAAAAGUAGACGGCUAAGGUUCACGUGAAAAACUUGCCACAGAGUGGCUGGGUACGAUGCGCACUGCGCAUCGUUCGGAGAGAGUAUAGGGGUUCGCCCCUUCCCAUUGGGAAAAUGUGCGAAGAACGAUUUCCUGAGAUUCAUGUGGGGCUUUUUUCAGCAAACAUUGUGUACAUUUGUAGAUGGUUUUCGCACUCUUAAUUAAUCAUUGUCAAAUUCAGUGUUCAUAUAAAUGACACACACACACACAAAAAAAAGGUUGGGAAGAAUUGACACUCAAGCAAAUCGCUCUAAAAAGCAAACAACUAAUAAGUGAAAAUAUUUUAUUCACGUUUUCCUCCCUUUCUAUUGCUUUUUUUUAUUUAUCUCACUUUAUUCUUUACUUCGUUUUAAUUAAUACAAUGUAAAUCACACUUAAAUCACACCGUUACCCUGUACAUUGCAUAACUAUACGGUAUUCGGUAUUUGUAUUUGUGUUUUAUAUACUUUAUCUUUUGUAUUUUGUGCAAUAAAGCAAGAAUUGAAUUAAAAAGGAAGCAAUGAAAAGGAACCAAAACGUUCUUUUUCUUCUUGGACUUGUUUCUUAAAAUUUAUUAUUAUCAAAUUGUCCUUUUAAAAACUUACUAACCCAGUCGGGCGACGUUUUGUCCACAGGCUUUUGUACAUUAUGUUAGCAUUUUUUCGAGCAUUUUAGCGAGGCAAAAGCAUUAAGCAUUAUUCGAGCAU